AUGAUUUUCGAACACGGUAGCAUUGUCUUGGCAAAACUUAAGGGAUUCCCAUGGUGGCCAGCAAAAAUUGAAAAGGAGAAUAAACUCCCUGAGCAUAUCUUAAAGAAAAAACCAAAACAUCAAAAUACCAUUCCUGUUAAAUUCUUUGGAACUAAUGAUUAUGGAUUUGUUAAUAAGAAAGAUAUCAAACAAUUUGAUAUGAAUAAAGCAAAGGAUAUGAUUAAGAAAAAAACCAAUAAAAAACUAGUUGAAUCCGAUGAAGUAAAUAUUAACAAUAUUAAUGAUAACGAUGAAGGCGGCGAUGAAAAUGUUGAAAAACCAAGAACUGGUUAUGGUGUUAUAUCAAUCAAGAAGGAAUCUGAUGUUAAUGCUGAUAAUAGUAGUUCUGACAAAAAACCGAUAAUUCUGACUGAUAAUCAUAAACAAGAGGUUGAUGGUGAUAAAGAAAUGGUUAAUAUUGAUCAACAAGAUGAUAAACAAGAAGUUAAUGGUGAUCAAAAUGUUAGUAAUGAAGUAAAAAUUAACAACAGUAGCAACAACAAUGUUAAUGUUAAUGAUGAAAAUGACAAAAAACCAGGAACUCGUCGUACUCUUAGAACAACCAACAAGAGGUCUAGUAAAAAUGAUGUAACUAUCGCUGCUAUUAAUGAUAAUAAGGAAAGGGAAGAAGAGGGAAAGCAAGAUGACAUUGACAAAAAACCAGCAGCUCGCGUUUCCAGAAUUAACAAAAGGUCUUAUGACAAUCAUGAAGAUUCUUCUAAAACUACAAGAGAAAAAAAGAAACGAAAGGAUAAUGCUGGUGGUGUUGUUGUUCUUUUCACAAAUAAUGACACUAGCUCUACAAAAAAUGCUGCCGAUAAUACUGAUGGUAUUACAGAUGCCUUUGACCCCACUACUAAUACAAUUAAUGAAAAAAAAGAAAUUACCACUAGCAAUGGCGAAAGUUCAAUUGAAAUAAACAAUGAAGAUAUGGAAGCUAUUGAAAUCAAUAAAGGCAACCUUGAUG